GUAACGUAACCCGAAACAUUUCUUUCAUUACCUAGUUUUGGAGAAGAUUAGGGUUUCAAACCUCAAACUAUCACCGGUGACACUGAGUAGCAGAGUUCGCCGCCUUUUAUUGUUUCAUAUCUAUUAGAAGAAACACGGGAAGAGGUUGAGAUAGAAGUUGGAUCCUAAAAUGGAAGAAUCUCCUACACUUGGCAAGCGGAAAGCCCCGGAUGAACCAGAAUCAACAUCCAAGCAUUCCCCUGAAGAAAUACCUAAACCUGAACCUGCAGCUAAGCGAAGGAAUUCGGGUCGUACAUGUGUCCAUGAGGUUGCAGUACCGACUGGAUAUACUUCCACCAAAGACGAAGCUAUCCACGGAACCCUUGCGAGUCCAGUCUACAAUGGUAAGAUGGCAAAGACCUAUCCGUUCAACCUUGACUCAUUUCAGCAGGUAUCUGUGGCUUGCUUGGAGAGGAAUGAAUCCGUCUUGGUUUCUGCACACACUUCAGCUGGUAAAACGGCAGUCGCCGAGUAUGCCAUUGCAAUGGCUUUUAGAGAUAAGCAGCGGGUAAUUUAUACAUCACCGCUGAAAGCUCUAAGCAAUCAGAAGUAUAGAGAGCUAAGCCAAGAGUUCUCGGAUGUUGGUCUGAUGACGGGUGAUGUCACUCUCUCGCCAAAUGCAAGUUGUUUGGUCAUGACAACAGAGAUUCUCAGGGGAAUGCUUUACAGGGGUUCUGAGGUUUUGAAGGAAGUUGCAUGGGUUAUCUUUGACGAAAUUCAUUAUAUGAAAGACCGGGAAAGAGGAGUUGUUUGGGAAGAGAGUAUCAUAUUCUUGCCUCCUGCUAUUAAGAUGGUAUUUCUUUCAGCAACAAUGUCAAAUGCUACUGAGUUUGCUGAAUGGAUUUGUAAUUUGCACAAACAGCCUUGUCACGUGGUGUACACAGAUUUCCGACCUACUCCAUUGCAGCAUUAUGUGUUCCCGAUGGGUGGAUCAGGUUUGUAUCUUGUUGUGGAUGAGAAUGAACAGUUCAAGGAGGACAAUUUUAUGAAGCUGCAGGAUACAUUCACGAAGCAGAAGAAGCAGGGUGAAGGAAAUAGGAGUGGGAAUGCCAAAGCAAGUGGGAGGAUUGCAAAGGGAGGUACUGCUUCAGGCGGCUCUGACAUAUACAAAAUUGUGAAGAUGAUUAUGGAGCGAAAAUUUCAACCGGUUAUCAUUUUCAGCUUCAGUAGAAGAGAGUGUGAACAACAUGCAAUGUCCAUGUCCAAACUUGAUUUUAACACCAAAGAGGAAAAAGAUGAUGUUGAACAGGUUUUCCGAAAUGCAGUGCUUUGCUUGAAUGAGGAAGACAGAAACCUACCUGCUAUUGAGUUAAUGUUACCGCUACUUCAACGAGGCAUUGCUGUUCAUCAUUCUGGACUUCUUCCAAUAAUUAAGGAAUUGGUGGAACUUCUCUUCCAAGAAGGCCUUGUGAAGGCUCUUUUUGCUACAGAAACAUUUGCCAUGGGUUUAAACAUGCCUGCCAAAACUGUUGUUUUCACAUCUGUUAAGAAAUGGGAUGGUGAUAGUCAUCGCUAUAUUGGAUCUGGUGAGUACAUCCAGAUGAGUGGAAGAGCUGGUCGUCGUGGAAAAGAUGAACGUGGCAUUUGUAUCAUAAUGAUUGAUGAGCAGAUGGAAAUGAAUACUCUCAAGGAUAUGGUUUUGGGGAAACCAGCUCCAUUGGUCAGCACUUUCAGACUAAGUUAUUAUUCAAUCUUGAAUUUAAUGAGCCGUGCUGAAGGCCAAUUUACUGCUGAGCAUGUUAUCAAGAAUUCUUUUCACCAAUUUCAGUAUGAGAAGGCUUUACCUGAUGUUGGGCAAAGGGUUUCAAAGCUGGAAGAGGAAGCUGCUAUGCUUGAUGCCUCAGGGGAGGCUGAAGUUGUUGAGUAUCAUAAGAUAAGGCUUGAGAUAGCUCAACUUGAGAUGAAGAUGAUGUCUGAAAUAACCAGACCUGAAAGAAUUCUUUAUUUUCUUCUUCCUGGUAGGCUGGUCAAAGUACAUGAAGGUGGAACUGAUUGGGGUUGGGGAGUGGUGGUCAAUGUGUUGAAGAAACCCUCUGCAGCUUUGAACAAACUGCCUUCAGCAUUGACAGCUUCACGAGGCGGUGGCUACAUAGUGGAUACUUUGCUUCAUUGCUCUCCUGGUUCAAGUGAUAAUGGUUCUCGACCCAAGCCAUGCCCUCCUCGUCCUGGAGAAAAGGGGGAAAUGCAUGUGGUCCCAGUUCAGUUGCCUCUCAUUUCUGCUCUCAGCAAAAUCAGAUUAUCUAUUCCUUCUGAUCUUCGACCAUUGGAAGCAAGGCAGAGUAUAUUGCUUGCAGUACAGGAGCUGGGGACACGUUUUCCUAAUGGUCUCCCAAAACUCAAUCCUGUGAAGGAUAUGGGGAUUGAGGAACCAGAAUUUGUUGAUUUAGUUAGUCAAAUUGAGGAACUUGAGAGGAAAUUAUUUUCUCACCCACUACAUAAGUGCCAAGACGAGCAACAAAUCAAGUCCUUCCAAAGAAAAGCAGAGGUGAAUCAUGAAAUUCAACAGCUUAAAGCGAAGAUGCGUGACUCCCAGCUUCAAAAAUUCCGGGAUGAACUCAAAAAUCGUGCACGGGUUCUGAAGAAGCUUGGGCAUAUUGAUGCUGAUGGUGUUGUCCAAUUAAAGGGACGAGCUGCUUGCUUGAUAGAUACAGGAGAUGAACUCCUUGUUACUGAAUUAAUGUUCAAUGGUACAUUCAAUGAUCUUGAUCAUCACCAAGUAGCAGCUCUUGCAAGCUGCUUUAUUCCAGGCGAUAGAUCAAAUGAACAAAUACAUUUGAGAACUGAACUUGCGAAGCCAUUGCAACAACUCCAAGAAAGUGCAAGAAGAAUUGCAGAGAUCCAACGAGAAUGCAAAUUGGAGGUAAAUGUUGACGAGUAUGUGGAAUCAACAGUAAGACCGUACUUGAUGGAUGUGAUAUACUGUUGGUCAAAGGGAGCAACUUUUGCGGAGAUCAUAGAUAUGACUGAUAUCUUUGAAGGGAGUAUCAUACGCCUUGCCCGACGACUUGAUGAAUUUCUAAAUCAGUUGCGUGCUGCUGCACAAGCCGUUGGAGAAGUUGAUUUGGAGAAGAAGUUUGCUGCUUCCAGUGAGAGUCUUCGGCGUGGUAUCAUGUUUGCGAAUUCACUUUAUCUCUGAGAUGGCUAUCUGCAUGCUCUUGUCUGGUCUAUUUCGAGUUUCAUCAUUCAAUGGCAUGGGUAUGUUUUACGCAAGUAAAUAUUUGGUUUGAAUUGGUGGUACGUCAGUUGUAUUAAGGUAUGUAUCUCAUAUUUGCUUGCAUGCUGCCCCGUUCCCGUCAUUGCUGUAUCCAUUUAUUUUCUUUUUCAUCGUCAUUGUAUACAUACAAUUUAGAAAUUAUCAAAAAAAAGAAAAAUUCUAGAGGCAAUUAAAUGUGAGAUAGGUUUAGCUGAAUGCAAUAGCUGCCAAGAAGGCUGUGCAACCAAUAAUAACACGCGGGGCCUACAACCAUAUUGUGGACCCGUAUAAUUUCACUGACGUGGGGUGUUAUCAUGUGGUUGUUACACAGCUAAUGCGUUCAGUUAAUCUGAAUUCAUCAAAUGUUUUCAUGCAUAUGGAAUUAUCAUUCAUUUUUUACACUGGGUAUUUUGGCUUAUUGGCAGCUAAGAUUUCCUAUUGUAAUUUGAUGUAACAAUUUUUUCGGAUUCAGAAAUUCAGAGUGAUCUAGUUAAUUGCUUUCAAGCGCUGAAAGAAGGAUCAAAAACCUUUAUUCUA